GUAGUUCCUGCCUUUGCCCAGCAGAAUGUCACGCAUGCGCGACUCAGAGCUAACCCGAGAAGUUCCUAGCCUUUGUCAGGCCUGGGAUGGGAGGUCGCACGUGAUCUGAGAGACUCUCUGCAGAGCCCAAGAGGGAAGAAGUCCUUCGACGCUCCGUGGACUGCUGACUGCGCGAACCAGACAAGAGUAGAACCUUGGGGGCAUGGAAGAGGCGGUGAUCAUGGAGACGGAUUUGGCUGAAGAGCCCCAGAAAAGAGCUCUGUCUUCCCAGGAUUCUCUCCUUUCUCAAGAGAAAAGUGCAGAAGGAGACGUGGCUGCUCUGAGACUCACAGCCAGAUCCCAGGAAGCCGUGACAUUCAAGGAUGUGGCCAUGGACUUUACACCAGAGGAAUGGGGGAAGCUGGAUCCUGCACACAGGGACGUAAUGCUGGAGAACUACAGAAACCUGGUCUCACUUUGGCUUCCCAUUUCCAACCCUGACAACUAUGAUUCAGAAGGUGGAAAAGAACUGUUGGAGCUUAAGGAGAAGUCUCCCAAGUGCGGUGGCUCAGACGUGGAAACCAGACCUGAGAGCAAGGAGUCAACUUCAGUGCUAGACUUUUCCAAAGAAGAAUCAGACAAACUGACACAAAAUACUGCUUCUGACUCCGGCAUGGAAACUGCUCUUGAAUGUGAGCGUGGAUUAGAGCAUCAGCAAGGGAAUCGGGAGACUGACCCAGGACAAAUGUCCGCUCACACGAACUCCCUCCCUGUGGAAAAAGAUAGUGAUGUAUGUUGGAAAAGCUUCAGUCAGAAACCUCUCCUUAUGACCGGUGACAGAGAUCCCACAGGAUCCUAUGACUUUCAUACACGUAGGAAAAGAAAGAAGAAGAAGAAGAAAUCAAAGUCAAUGAAAAGGCAGAGACCUUUUAAAGAGAAAAGACCUCAUAAAUGCGAUGACUGUGGUGAACGCUUCACUUUCCGUUCAGUGCUUCUCCGACACCGGAGAGUUCACACUGGAGAGAAGCCCUACACUUGCAGUGAGUGUGGGAAGUCCUUUAGCCACAGAGCCAACCUAACUAAACACCAGAGAACCCACACUAGAAUUCUCUUCGAGUGUGGCGAGUGCAAGAAAACCUUCAUAGAAAGUUCAUCCCUCGAAGUGCACCAGAGAAUUCACAUUGGGGAGAGACCUUAUGAGUGCGCUGAGUGUGGGAAAGCCUUUAACCGAAGUACACACCUUGCCCAGCAUCAGCUGAUUCAUUCUGGAGUGAAGCCUUACGAAUGUAACGAGUGCGACAAAGCGUUCAUCCACUCAUCAGCUCUCAUUAAGCAUCAAAGAACCCAUACUGGAGAGAAGCCCUAUAAGUGUCAAGAGUGUGGGAAAGCCUUUAGCCACUGCUCAUCGCUUACGAAGCACCAGCGAGUUCACACGGGAGAGAAGCCAUAUGAGUGCAGCGAGUGUGGGAAGACUUUUAGUCAGAGCACGCACCUUGUUCAGCACCAGAGAAUCCACACCGGAGAAAGGCCCUACAGAUGUAACGAAUGUGGGAAGACAUUUAGCCGGAGCUCAAAUUUUGCAAAGCAUCAAAGAAUUCACGUUGGAAAGAAACCCUAUAAAUGUGGAGACUGUGGGAAAGCCUUCAUUCAUUCAUCAGCUCUGAUUCAACACCAGAGAACUCACACGGGAGAGAAGCCUUUUAGGUGUGAUGAGUGUGGGAAAAGUUUCAAGUGCAGCUCAUCCCUCAUCCGACAUCAAAAAACUCACACGGAAGAGCAGUCCUGAAAAUGUACCGAGUGUCUCGUGAAGGUUGGCUUUGUCGCUGGGUUUACUAUUUAAUUGUUGAAAUAGGAGGACCAUAACGUGACCCUGGGGAGUGUCUGUGUGUGUGUGAUUUCACUUGUCCAGUGUAUAACUUUGAACAGAUGGGAAAUCCCUUAUACCCAGUGGCUUGAUAAUAGUGAAAACCUCUGACUAUAGUUCUCAAUAUUUUUUUCUUCUUAGUUUUCCAAAUGCCCAAUUUUAAAUUCAAGAAAUGUUUGGGAGAUAGUACUAUUGUGAACAUUGUGAAACCCGGUUUCACCAUGCUUGGUCAUAGCAAGGCCUGCUGAAGCCUUUUGUUUGGUAAGGAAAUCUUUUGUAGUAAGGAAUCUACUUUGUAGAUUAGGCUUGUGUCGUAGAUUAGGCUUCCUUAUCCUCAGGAAGAUACAGAGUUGUUGCUCUCAACUCAAAGACAGACAGACCCACUGCAUCAUUUCCUUCAAGAGUGAUUUCUGUAUUAAAAACUAAAUGAAAGUUGAGAGGUGAAAACUGCUUAGGAUUCCAUCCCCCACAAAGAGUGUUGUCUAAUCUGAUGACCAUAACUAAAUGUACUUAUAAAAGGUUCUAGGUUGGGUUUACAUGAACUGUAUUGCUCAUUGAUUCAAAUAAAUGGCAUUGUUAUCCUUUUGUUUUGAAAAUUCUCUACUUCCCUUGGAGCUACCCCACAGUACCCAAUAGGUCAGUCUUCCCUUGCCUUUUGUGUGCCAAGGUCCCCUUUUCUCAUCUGUGCCAUUCAUGGAGUCCAUGGCUUUUAUAAUCAGAUCACCAAGGAGAGUUCAUUCUGAUACCUUAUUCAGCCUUUGGUAAGCUGUGCUCUGUGACCUUUAAAAAGUUCUCUGGGUGUGUUGCAGUUUUAACAUAUCUGAAAAGUUGAUAGGGACCAACGUGUUGUUUGAUUCAAGAAUGCUGAAGCAACUGUGUGGCACCCUAGCAUACUCUGCAGUAUAAAAAGAGCUCACAGGACAGCCCUGACUUACCCAAGGAUAAACAUCUCUUUCUCCCACUUAUCUGACUUUCAUGCUUGCUCACAUUAUUUUAUUAUUCUUAUCUUCCAUGCAUUAGUUGGUCUUUAUCCCUGACCUCUUAAGUAAACAUGCCAUGAAAUCAUAGUGUCCUAUUUCUGUGAGUGACUGAUGUGACCAAAAGCCAUCGAGAGGAUGAGAAACACAAAAAAAAGAAAGCUCAAGUAACUAUUGAGUAAAACAAUACACAGUGGCAGCUUUUGAUCAUUCUAUUCUGUAUUACAGGUUAUUGGAGAAUAAAAUUUUAGGAAAAAGUAA